UACGAGAUGCAAAAAAUCUAAUCCCUAUGGAUCCAAACGGGCUUUCAGAUCCUUAUGUGAAGCUGAAACUUAUUCCUGACCCCAAGAAUGAAAGCAAACAGAAAACCAAAACCAUCCGCUCCACACUAAACCCUCAGUGGAAUGAGUCCUUCACAUUCAAAUUAAAGCCUUCAGACAAAGACCGACGACUGUCUGUAGAAAUCUGGGACUGGGACCGAACGACACGGAAUGACUUCAUGGGUUCCCUUUCCUUUGGUGUCUCAGAGCUGAUGAAGAUGCCAGCCAGCGGAUGGUACAAGUUGCUCAACCAAGAAGAGGGCGAAUACUACAACGUACCCAUCCCAGAAGGGGAUGAAGAAGGCAAUGUGGAGCUCAGGCAGAAGUUUGAGAAAGCCAAGCUCGGCCCUGCUGGUAACAAAGUCAUCAGCCCUUCGGAAGACAGGAAGCAACCAUCCAACAACCUUGACAGAGUGAAACUCACAGAUUUCAAUUUCCUCAUGGUGCUGGGCAAGGGCAGUUUCGGGAAGGUGAUGCUCGCUGACAGGAAGGGAACAGAGGAACUGUAUGCCAUCAAAAUCCUGAAGAAGGACGUGGUGAUCCAGGAUGAUGACGUGGAGUGCACCAUGGUGGAAAAGCGGGUUCUGGCCCUGCUGGAUAAGCCCCCGUUCCUGACCCAGCUGCACUCCUGCUUCCAGACAGUGGACCGGCUAUACUUCGUCAUGGAAUAUGUCAACGGUGGGGACCUCAUGUACCACAUUCAGCAAGUAGGGAAAUUUAAGGAGCCCCAAGCAGUAUUCUACGCAGCAGAGAUCUCCAUUGGACUGUUCUUUCUCCACAAAAGAGGAAUCAUUUACAGGGAUCUGAAGCUGGACAAUGUCAUGCUGGAUUCAGAAGGACAUAUCAAAAUCGCUGAUUUUGGAAUGUGCAAGGAACACAUGAUGGAUGGAGUCACCACCAGGACCUUCUGUGGGACUCCCGACUACAUUGCCCCAGAGAUAAUUGCUUACCAGCCAUAUGGAAAAUCCGUGGACUGGUGGGCAUACGGUGUGCUGCUGUAUGAGAUGCUGGCUGGGCAGCCUCCAUUUGAUGGUGAAGAUGAGGACGAACUGUUUCAGUCUAUAAUGGAGCACAACGUGUCCUACCCCAAAUCCUUGUCCAAAGAAGCUGUCUCCAUCUGCAAAGGACUCAUGACCAAACACCCUGCCAAGCGGCUGGGCUGCGGGCCUGAGGGAGAGCGGGACGUCAGAGAGCACGCCUUCUUCAGGAGAAUCGACUGGGAAAAACUGGAGAACAGGGAAAUCCAACCACCAUUCAAGCCCAAAGUGUGCGGCAAAGGAGCAGAAAACUUUGACAAGUUCUUCACACGAGGGCAGCCUGUCUUAACACCGCCAGAUCAGCUGGUUAUCGCUAACAUAGACCAGUCUGAUUUUGAAGGGUUCUCGUAUGUCAACCCCCAGUUUGUGCAUCCGAUCUUGCAAAGUGCAGUAUGAAAUCCACAAAUGAGAGAUCAAAUGCCUCCCCAGCCCCCAGCCUCCCCAUGCAGUGGGAAAUGACCCUUGACCCUAAAAUUUAAGGCUAUGGCCUUAUAUUUUGUUCCACACAGAGGCCUGACAAUUCUUAGGACAUUAGCCCAUAAGUGAUCAACUUUUCAGGGUCUCCCUCCCUCCCUCCCUUCUCUUUUACAACCAAGAACAUUAUUUUAGUGGAUGAUGACAUAAUGUACAGAGUCCAGCUUAAUUAUGUAGAAUCACAUCUGGCUCUAAGUUAAUUUUUCCUAGAAAACAAAGCAAUUUGUAUCCCUCCCCCUUUUUGGUACUAUUUGAUAUAUUCUCCAUACCCUCCAUCUUUGGAUUUUCAUCAUCAGGAUCCCUCCACCAAAUAGUAAAGUGAACCUACUCCAGCUCAAGGGCUGGAAACAUCUCCACCCAAGAUGUCUUUGGAAUGAAAGAACAGGAAGCCCAAAGAGUAAGCAAAGAGAGGUUGGUGGUAGUAGAAUCUUGAAGACCCCAUCACUUCUAUGCCUCAGUGGAAACAGUCCCUAGAAUCUGAGAGGGCAGGAUGAAUCUAAUCACUGUUCCCAAAUGUCAUAGCACAACCAUAGUACAGCAGCUUAAGAAUGAAAGAAAGCUUCAGACGAAUUUUCAUUGAAUCUAUCAUCUGUGUUACCCUACUUGGUUGAAAGCUAUCUUGAUAACUCAUUCUUUUUAAGAGGCCAAAUCAUCUAAGGACAUUGCUAAGCAAGCAUGUGAAAUCAUUUCAGAUCAAGGAUAAACCAUGUGUAUGUUCAUUUUAAUCUCUGGGAGAUGAUUCUUCAAUCCAGGGUGCCAUCAGAACCAUGCCACUAUUCACGAGUGUUGUUAGCCAACCCCACACACAUGAUAAUAUUUUACUACCUUUGUGGGUACCCUUCCUAAGAAGCUGGUGUGUAUGCCCCAUCCUUUUUUGUACUAUUUAUUUAAUAAGCUGCAGUGUCAUUUAUGAAAGUACAAUGUAUAGUAAUUUAAUCAAAGUGUUGACUAGCAUCAGUCUCUGUUAAUUGAUUUUCCUCCUUUCUCCAGCCAUAACAUCCACUUAGAGAUGGAAAACAAUAUAGCUUGGGUUCCCGUUUCCAGUUCCUAUCGAAUGACACACCUGCAGUUAUAGGAUCAAGAUACUUUCUGCUUAUAUCCACUCAAAAUGUUUUCUUGCUAGAAGGAUUUUAAUGUUUUGCGAGUGCAUCAUGCAAUGGAUUUUGCAUGUUUAUAAUAAACCUUAAUAACAAGUUAAUCUAUAUUAUUGAUAUAAUUGUAUCAAGUAUAAAGAGUAUUAUGAUAAUUUUUAUAAGACACAAUUGUGUUAUAUUUGUGAAGGCUCAUGUUUCUAGUCUGCUUUAAGAUGACGUGUUAGCUUUAUUCAUUGCUGCUGUGCUCUCUCUUACCCGCUACCCCACACAACUGGCACUCUAUCAGAUAUUAAUUUUUUAAUGUAGAUGUAAUUUUAAAAAUGAAUGGCUACUUUACACAUUUAACUAGGCUUUUACUAUAUAUGUGUAUAUAUGUAUAUAUAUAUACUUGAUUCUACCUGCAAACCCCAGUUUUGUUUGUGGGAAUUAUUUUUGAGAUGAGACUCUGUUAACUUCUUCAUGUCAUCCUCUGUUUGGGUUCCUCCACCACUCCUCCUCUUGGGGACAGCUGGAAGCGUUUAUUCCAGUAUGCCUGAUAUGUUUAUAUACAUGUGGCAUUGUUAUAGGACCUGGGCUGAACUGUGUGUGUGUGUGUGUGUCUGUCUGUCUGUCUGUCUGUCUGUCUUAUUCUUUUCAGCCUAUGUCUUUUGGGGACUCCAGGGUUGGAAGGGUGUGAGGAUUCCUUUCUGUAUGUUCAUAUGGACAUACCAGAAGUAUAUAGUCUGUCUUCUUGCCCCAGAAUGAGCCAGUGUGUACUCCAGAACACACAACCUCUAUAAGUCAAACUUUAUCCCCAUGCCUAUAUAGAGCCAUCCCCGAGGCUGUUACCAACAGACUCUUUCCAGAGGCACACACUGUCAUAAAGCUGUUGCUAGAACAUUCUGGUCUUUGAAGAGCAUGUCUUGUGGCCAAACACCUUUCCGAUGCAUGGUGUUUAGAAGAGGCAGGCUUCUGCAUCGGAAAGAACUGGUGGAAAUGGAAGUUCUCACCUUAUAGAAGGUGUCUCUCCUGAAAGCAUCUCCCAGAUAAGCUCUCCUCUUUGUAUUCUCCAUCUGUCUGCCUGCAAACCACCAAGUGUGUUUGAGAUAAGGAGCACAGGCUGUUCUGAAAACCCCUUAUCAGGAGGAAAUAAUGGAGUAGGGAAUGGGCCUAAGCAGAAAAGAGCAGUUUCUUCUGAAAUCUUUCAUGAAUUCUGGACUUCAGAACUCAAAAACGUUCUUAUGUAUUGAUCUUAGAAGUCCAACUCAUCACCUUGGCAACCAACCUAAUCAAAAACACUGUACGUGGCCCAACAGUAAAGCAACUGGUUUAUGAGCCUUGGAAAUGGAAGGGUUGCCCUUUGCUAAGUGGAACAGCAACAGGACUGAUUCUCAGCAAACCUCUCAAGGUGAGGGAAGCCACAGAAAAGAAACACAAUGGUCACAGACGAUCUGUCCCAAGGUGCCAAGCUGCCUGCUUGUCUUCAGCAAGUAACAGGCUUGAGUUUUCCUGUAAACAACCAAUAUCCAGCUCCAAGUGAUUCAACUUCUCAAGAAAACAUGUGCAGUCCCUUGGGUAGCUCCUAUGCUAAGAGAAUGUGAAACAAUGUUCUCAAAAGGGACGGAAAACAAUAACAGAGCCAGCAUUUGCCUAAGGAACAGCACACUGGACAAUGAACUUAGAAGAAACCUUAACAGUUUAAGAAAGUAUACAUGAUGCGGCCUAUAUUUUAUAGGCUGCUGAGUGUUAAGUUUAGAUAAAGGCUAAUACUUUAAAGACCUAGGCAGCCUGAGACAGUUAUUGCUGCAAAACUAACUCAUGUGGAUAGCCAUUAACAGCUGUUAGGCAGGAUCAAAUAAUAAAAUUCUACAUCACUGCCCCACUUCUCAGGCCAUGUGUGAAAUAAGGCUCCAGGGAAAAGGCUGCUCUUUGAACUGAAGCCACCAUGUUGGCAGCUGGAAUCAGGAGGGUGCCUUGAAGGGUUUAGUCCCUGGGGGAGCUCUUCAGGAAGCACCUGCUCUCAGACUUUGCCUGCACUGGUAGGUCCUGUCCACAGGAUCUGUCUGGCUGUGACCCAGAAAAUCCACUGAAAUUGCUUUGUAUUAUAUUGCCCUGGAAGGUGGCCACUGCUCAGUGGUAGCUCUUCCUUCUUCCAUCACAGGCCAGUGGGCUGCUAGCUCUGCUUUUGGCAGGGCAACCAAAGUCCCCGGCACUUGGGUUGAAUGGAAAGAGCUGGAAUAUGCUGCCAGGUACAGCCCUGGGAAGCUAAUGGGAGGCCCACCUCCAAGCAAGAGCUAAUUCAGAAGGUAAAUGAGAAGCCCCAGGAACUAAAAUGACUGCCCUUCGUCACCCUCAAAUCUCUGGCCUAGUAUGAGCCUUUUCUUCAUUGGUCUUUUUAUUAGUAAUUUGAGAAACUCAGGAAGCCAAGAGGUUUCUGAAAGCUUGGCCUGGGAUGGUCACAUAAAAGAUUACCAGAGGCCAGUAUUAACCCUCAAGUGCUGUCCCUCAGGAACAGCAGUUCUUAACAGAGUGUGGUGACAUGCCAAGCCCCAAAGAGCCACCCAUUCAUGUGUCACAGAGGAGGCUGAAGUCACAGCACUGAGGAAGAGCAGGGCUUGCAUGCACCCGGGAAGACAUGGGAGGUGGGAGAGAGGCUAUGGUGCCUACAUGGGCUUUCCACUGGCAUUGUUGCAAACGCAAGUGACCCUUUGUUGGUCUUCAUAAGUGUGUGUUUUUUGUCAGGGACACAGUCUGUGCCCUCUCAGACCCUCCCAACUGUAAGAAGUCCUUUGCUCUGGGCGGAGUCAGGCCAGCCAGCAGACUCUGGAAGCCACUAGGCUCCACCUCUUUCCCUCUGAUAAUUUCAGCAGGUGCAGAAGUUGAAAAACAAAACAAAAUAAAAUAACAACAAAAAACAACAAUGUCCUGCUAGCUCCUGCUUAGUGGGAAAAAUAGGAAGGGUUUGUGCAGGGUUUUGUUUUCUCAAAAUGGAAGAGAAGGGAAAGUGAGAGUCGCAUGCUUUACUCACCUCAGCAAGGCUGUAACAAAACCUGACAGUCACUUUCCUCACCUUGGUCUUACGAAAUCACCUAUUUCUCCUGUGUCCAUGUCACACUUGUUUCCUAUUUGUCUACAGCCCCAGAAGGGCAGGGCUGCCUGCCCUCCCCCCACCUGACGACUGAGCAUACCCAGCAGCCCUGUUCAGGAGAUGCAUGCUGACCAUGGGAGAUACAGGACAAUGGUUAGCAGCGGCUCCACACUAACUUGACACAGUGUUAGGAAACAGGUUUGAAAAAUGGUUUGCCUUGAACUUCUGCUAACAAAAUAUGCUGGAGGGUCAACACUCCUGCCAUGUCUCAUUUGGGCCAGUGCAGCAAAUGUACGGAAAGCUGUUUCUUUGUGUCGUUAAAAUAAUCCAGAAACUCGGGAAAGGGUGCUCAAGACAUGCACAAAUUCAGUGUUAUAGCAAUGGUGUCCACUGUUGUCCCAGUGACACGACAGUCUCAAGACUCCACGGUUAAAAGCAUGUAUGGCUCAGAGUUCUGUGCCCUCAUUCAUGUGGUCAGGUGUCAGUCAGCAAACACACUGGACACAUUAAGUCAUUAAACAGCCUUACUGUGACCCUCCCCAGAAGCCCACAAGUUCCAAAGACUUUUUUUAAAACUUAAAACAAGAAAUUAACUUAUUAACUCUAGUAGAAGAACCUGACUGUGCUGGGCUAUUUGUACUUUUUUAUAGAGAACUUUAAUGACUCAAUUCUUUUAAAAUGAGUUUUUUAAAAUAAACCUAAUAAAAAUUUCAUAAAAUUCCAAUUCCAUCGAGCCUAUAGGGGGACUUAACCCACAUUGGAUAGAGCACCCUUGACCUGCAAUCCCAUGGCAUGGUUUUCCUGAACCAGUGAGGUCUGGAGUCCACAUUGGAAUGACUGCAGGAUGGUACCCCCUCUUUAGUAGACACUAAAGACAGCUGCCUAAGGUUAAGAGAUCUUUAAACUGUAAGGAAGAUGGUUUCCUAGCACCCCCUUCCUGAUGCAGCCCAGGAGAGCAUUCUUGGGGAUUUGGGGGACCUCUCUCCUUGCUCUCUGAGAAUCUGUGAGCAAGAAGGGGGUGCUUCUCCAACCCUGUCUCCAGUAGCUUCUGGUUGUCAGCCUCUCACACUUGGUAAAGGUUGAGAGGUGCCCUAUAAGGAUUUUGCCCAUUGGGCAAGUCAAACCUACUAUCCUAGGAAGUAAGAGGCAGGCAGCAUCAAGUGUUUUCCAUUUCCGUGUGUGCGAGUAGACAGAACCCCACUUUUCAGAAAACAGCUUCCCACCCCACUUUGUAAGAACCCCUUUUUCUAAAACAAAAGGCGUGGCUUUGCACUUUCUGAUUAAACAACUGUGUCUUUUGUCUCCUGCUUCAUUUUAAGACUAUUCUGUCAUCGUUUGUAGAUUUUUGUUAAUAUUUUGCCUGGGAAAAAUGUGACUCUCUCUUUGGGACGUUUAGUAGACUAUUGAAAAUUAUAUACGCAGGUGGUUACUAUUUUGAGCCUAAGGGUUUUCUAAGCAUCUGGCCUCCUAUCCUGACUAUGAAGGUUUUCCAGAUUAUCUUUUAUAGGCGAUGAGUAGCACUGGAAGAUGCACUUCCUGUGUGAUUUCUAUUUUGGUUUAUGAAGGACAUACCAUGUUUAAAUCUCUCAUUGAAAAACACCGUGGAGCAUCCCAAAUGGGCAUGGAGGAAGGAGUGAAGGUUGAGGUUUUCGGCCUGAAUAGGCCGUUACUGAUAAGCCGUAGGGGCUGCGCCACUGCUCAUUUGGUUACUUAGUAGGUAAGAAGGAUAUGUUAAUUACUGCAUAGCUUUCUUGGAUUUGUGUAACCUCUAAUCUUCGUUUGCAUGAUUCGCUUUGUUAGAUGCAUUCAUUGUAGUUUGGAAGCAAGCGUUUACGAAUAAAGCUACUGAUCACUGCUGA